AGCUCAAUGAUGCUUUACAAUCAGGAACAAAGAACAGUUGAACAUAAAGACAGAAAGAAGUAGAAGUCGAGAGGUAGUGUUGGGAAAAGAGAAAGGAUUCUAACCGUGAUUUAACCAAGGAUAUGUUCGGGAGAUUUUGGGAGAGUGACUUCCAUAACUUAGGGGCAGCUACGCUGAAGGAUCGGCCACCAGCAGCGGAGAGACGGGAUUUAUGGACACAGAGAAGUCCUAGGUUUGAUGGGUGGAGGGAGCGUGUUGGUGUAUAUAUGUGCGGUAAGUCACGAAGGUAUUGGGGUUGGAGACCAUUUAAGGCUUUGAAGGCGAGGAGGAGAAGUUUGAAUUUAAUGCGCCCGGAGACAGGCAGCCAGUGCAAACCAGCCAAAGUGGGAGUAAUACGUUCGAAGCGUUUUGUACGGGUAAUAAGGCGUACCGCAGAGUUUUGAAUGCAUUGUAAUUUGGUAAUCAACUUAGAUGGGAGGCCAAAAAACAGACAAUUGCAGCAAUCAAGUCGUGAUGUUACGAACGCGUGAACAAGGGACUCCGCAUCCUUCAUGCUAAGAAUGGGACACAAUCUGGCAAUUUGUCUGAGGUGGUAAAAGGCGGGUUUGCUGACAGAUUUGAUGUGCGCUUCGAAAGUCAGUGAUGGGUCAAAUGUAAUUCCAAGAUUUCUUUUUCUUUUUUUCUUUUUUUUUUCCAGAGGGUUUUUUGAGGAAGCUGUGAAUAUCCAGGCUUAUUUCACAAUUUUGUCUGCGAGCUUGUGAGCCAACAUGAAUUUGAGAAACUUGUUUAGCCACUGUUUUAUUUCGUGAACACAGGCUGUUUGCGCACUGGUUGAGAUAUAUUAAUAUAUGUGUAUGUACUGUAUAUGUAUAGGUAUAUUUGUAGGUGUAUGUGUAUGUAUACGUAUAGGUAUAUGUAUAUGUGUAUGAGUAUGCAUACGUGUAUGUGUAUGUGUAGGUCUAUGUAUAUUUUUAUGUGUAUGUAUAUGUGUAGGUAUAUGUAUAUGUGUAUGUGUAUGUAUAGGUAUAUGUAUAUGUGUAUGUAUAGGUGUAUGUAUAUGUGUAGGUAUAUGUAUAUGUGUAUGUGUAUGUAUAGGUAUAUGUGUAUGUGUAUGUGUAGGUAUAUGUAUAUGUAUAUGUAUAGGUAUAUGUAUAUGUGUAUGUAUAGGUAUAUGUAUAGGUAUAUGUAUAUGUGUAUGUAUAUGUGCAUGUAUAUGUGUAUGUGUAUGUAUAGGUAUAUGUAUAGGUGUAUGUAUAUGUGUAGGUAUAUGUAUAUGUGUAUGUGUAUGUAUAGGUAUAUGUAUAUGUGUAUGUAUAGGUGUAUGUAUAUGUAUAUGUAUAUGUAUAGGUAUAUGUAUAUGUGUAUGUAUAGGUGUAUGUAUAUGUAUAUGUGUAUGUAUAGGUGUAUGUAUAUGUGUAGGUAUAUGUAUAUGUAUAUGUGUAUGUAUAGGUAUAUGUGUAGGUAUAUGUAUAUGUGUAUGUAUAGGUAUAUGUAUAGGUAUAUGUAUAGGUGUAUGUAUAUGUGUAGGUAUAUGUAUAUGUGUAGGUAUAUGUAUAUGUGUAGGUAUAUGUAUAUGUGUAUGUAUAGGUGUAUGUAUAUGUGUAGGUAUAUGUAUAUGUAUAUGUGUAUGUGUAGGUAUAUGUAUAUGUGUAUGUGUAUGUAUAUGUAUAUGUGUAUGUGUAUGUAUAGGUAUAUGUAUAUGUGUAGGUAUACGUGUAUGAGUAUGUAUAUGUAUAGGUAUAUGUGUAUUUGUAUGUAUACUGUGUGUGUGUGUAUUUAUAUAAAUAGAAAUUCACCUGAAAUAUUUAUUUUAUAGCAGUCAUAUUCAGAGAGAUUUACACAAUGUGCAGCUUGGCUGCAGAGCGUGCUGAAGGUGUUCGCUGUGUUUUAUUUUGCUAUGAACACACGGAGUGCACUUCAUCAUCGUGGCAGGGAACAAAACUUCUGGCCUUAAUUACAGAUGUGAUGGAGCACUUGUAGAGGAGCUUACAGCAGGCGUAUGCUUUAAAGAAUCCAUGCUUAUUUAAUUC